AUGUCCACCAAUGUCGGUGCAUGGAUGAUCGCCUGCAUUGGUGACACUAGUGCUGGCGGGGUUGUUGGCGAAGCUGGUGAUGAGACUGCCGGAGUUAUGGCAGCCGGGGCCUUCAUUGGUGAUGUGGCGAACUCCAACGGGGCCUGUGCGGCGGCCGAGGGCGCCGCGCCCGUGCUGUCCAUCGAGGGCGACGUGGCGGAGAGCGUCGGCAUCAGGCUGCCGCCGUGGAACAGGGGGCCGUCCACCCCGCCGUAG